UUUUGGCUUGCCGUGACUUUUCUUGCUUUUAUAUUUUGUUUCCUGUAUAAUAUACACGGACAUACACGUAUACAUAACAAUCGAACGUUGAAGGUAAAGAAACGACUUUUCAAUGCGGCGGCGGUAAUGCGCCUAAAAAGAACACGUCUGCAAUAACAAGGAGUCGACGGGCGGACGAGAGUCGAGAAAACGUUAAGGUGCGUCGUGGGAGAAUGGACUUCGAGAGUCCUGACGUCGAGAAGGAGUUUCCCGGAUUGUAUGCGUCCGAGUCGGCGAAGAAAAGCAACGAGAGUGAUUUCAGUGACGAAGGCGGACAUGACAAGCAUUCCAAGAAGGAGCUUCUGGGUGGAAAACGCAAGGACAAGAAGGACAGGAAGGACAGAGGCUAUGCCACUCUAGAGGGUGAAAGUUCACCAGAUGAGGAUCAAGAAACCAAAAGUCCUUCAAAGUCAAAGAAGACCAAAGCUUUCAAGUUCCCCUCUAAGAAAGAGAAGCGAGAGAAGUCACGAGAGAAAGAAGCCAAGGACAAGGACACCGAGAAGGAAAAGGAUAAAAAGAAGAGGGACAAAGAUGAGAAGGAUAUGGACAAGGAGAAGCGGAAGGAUAAGGAUAAGGAGAAGUCCAAGCAGAAAUUGAAGGAUCGGAAGAAAGGAAAGCACGCCGGCGGCGAAGGUUUGGAUAUCGGCGAGGAGCAGCCGGUCUUCGGCGUCAGUCUUCACUUGGCGGUCGAGAGGAGCUGCUGUCACGACGGAGUGGAACUGCCCCUGGUGGUGCGAGAUAGCAUCGACUACGUGGAGGAGCACGGAAUGAACGUGGAGGGUCUGUACAAGGUUCCCGGCGUGAAGUCGAAGGUUCAGCACCUGAAGAAGCUGUACAACCAUCGGGAGACAGUGAAUAUGUCCGAGUUCGAACCCACGGUAGCUACGAGCUUAUUGAUACUCUUUCUUAGAGAGCUGCCAGAGCCCGUGCUGGAGAGCAGCGAAACGAUAUCGCGCUUCGAACAGGCCGCCUCGACCAAGGACGUCGCUCAACGGGAAGCGCAAUUGGCCCAGCUCGCGCAGCAGCUGCCGGAAUGCAACCGGGUCCUUCUCGCGUGGGUCACGUUGCAUUUGGAUCACGUCACCGCGCGGGAGAAAACGACGAAGAUGAACGCGCAGACGAUAUCGAUGACCUUGAGCCCGGUGCUGCAAAUGAGUCACCGGUUGCUGUUGGCUUUCCUAUUUCACUGCAAGGCACUGUUCCCGAACGUACAACUGACGAAAUACGUCCCCCCGCUGUCGUCCGGCAGCACCAGUCUACCGGACACCGUGGAGGGCAUAGCUGCGGAAUUGUCCAAGCAGGAGUCGUUGCUUUCCCAGAUUCAUAUGCAAAUGAACGCCGGUUUCGUAACGAAGUCGCGCGAGGAGCAACUGUGGGAGGUGCAGCGGAUGAUAACGCAGUUGAAGAGGAAGUACAAGACUGUUCAGAAACUGGAGGGCGCCACUACGCAGAAGAGUCUGGACGAGGAGGUGAGGUCGACCGAGAGUGUCCCGGUCGAGUCCGCCUCGCAGAAGUCGAAGAGCGCGGACGAGGAUCCCGCGCAGACGAAACACGACGCCCAAACGUCGUCGUCCAAUUCGACGCUGGCGAAGAAGGACGGCAAGCAACAUGGCGUGGAAGAGGCGAAGGAGAAACCUACCUACGCGGCGGGAACGAGCACGGCGCAGAACGAACAGGGCGUGAGUGUGCAGGACAAAGACACGGUCGAUUCCGCGGAAACGGCGGCGAUCACGCCGCAGUCGAGAGAACCCGAGGAUGCAACGCUUAAUGACAAAGCGAACGAACCCAAGGAGGAAGACGUUAUAGAUAAGCUGAGAGAGAGCUUGAUCCGCGAGGAGCUGUUGAAUAUGCAAGCGUUGCUGAAGUCUCGCAUCAGCCAGGAGAGAAACGAGAUCAAACGGCUGGUGGAGAUGCUCGCAGAGCGUGGCGUGGAAAAGAAGAGACCCAAGGAAAGGAUACACUCUCCUAACGAGGCUGAAAUGACGGCCAUGAUACAGCUAGUCAAAGAGAAUCAGUUACUCGAAAAAAAGAUGAUGACGCUGAUACGCAGUAUUAUCGAGGAGAAGGACGCUUGUGUGGAGCUGCGCGUCCAAUUGGCGGUACAUCAACUGAUGGCUAAGACUUGACCACAGACCUGCUAGUGACGCAUCGGAUCAAAACUAAUCUAUAUACAUUACAAAGAUACGAUCUGACAUUACGUUUUUGCACAUAAUGACCGUACAUAUAGUUUAUAACAUGUUACAACUACCGCAUGUACCAUUUAAAAGUCGUUCUAUUCUCCUGUGAAAUAAUAAAACUAUACAUGCGCGAGA